AUGCCUGCCAUCCCUCUCCACCUGCUGUUCCUUCCACUCCUGGCCAUCGUCGUCAUCUCCUCGACCCACUUCGUUAGCCGUGCGCGCCGCCGGCGUGCCGGCCUCCGGCUGCCGCCGUCGCCCUGGGCUCUACCAGUGAUCGGCCACCUGCACCACCUGCUGGACGCGCUCCCGCACCACAAGCUGCGUGACCUUUCCAGGCGCCACGGUCCACUGAUGCUGCUCCGUCUAGGCGAGCUACCCGUCGUCGUGGCCUCGUCGGCCGACGCGGCCCGUGCGGUCAUGAAGGCGAACGACCUCGCCUUCGCGACGCGGCCGAUUGGCCCGGCGACGCGGCUGGUCCUCGCCGACGGCGCCGAGGGCCUCAUCUUCGCUCCCUACGGCCACGGGUGGAGGCAGCUCCGCCGGAUCUGCACCGUCGAGCUGCUGAGCGCCCGCCGCGUGCAGUCCUUCCGGGCCGUCCGCGAGCAGGAGGCCGGCCGGCUCCUCCGCGAGGUGGCGGCAGCGGCGGCGGCGGACCAAGCGGUGAACCUCAGCGCCUGCAUCUCGUCGUACGUCGCCGACUCGGCGGUGCGGGCCAUCGUGGGAAGCCGGUUCCAGGACCGGGCGGAGUUCUUCCGGCUCAUGGAGAAUGGGGUCGAGCUCUUCUCGCGCCCGAGCUUGCCGGACCUGUACCCGUCGUCGCGCAUGGCGAUGCUCGUCAGCGGAGCGCCCGGCAAGAUGAGGCGGGUCCGGGUGGAGACGAUGGCGUUCAUGGACAGCGUGAUCCAGGAGCACCAGCUGUGCAAACCUGACAACAAUGGCGACGAGGACCUGCUCGACGUGCUUCUCCGAAUCCAUAGAGACGGCGACCUGGAAUUCCCCAUCUCCAUGGACAACAUCAAAGUCGUGAUCGCCGACCUUUUCCUGGCCGGCAGCGAGACAUCCGCGACCACGCUGCAAUGGGCGAUGUCUGAGCUCGUGAGGAAUCCACGGGUGAUGCGGAAGGCGCAGGCCGAGAUCAGGCAGGUUCUCAAGGGCCAUGAGAGAGUGUCAGAGGCGAGCUUAGGGAAACUAGACUACUUCCACCUGGUCAUCAAGGAGACUCUCCGUCUGCACCCACCAGCACCACUUCUUCUGCCGCGGGAGUGCCGCAGCCCGUGCCGAGUGUUAGGGUUUGAUGUCCCAGCAGGAGCCACCGUCUUCGUGAACGCUUGGGCGAUCGGCAGGGACCCGGCUCACUGGGACGCACCGGAAGAGUUUGCGCCCGAGAGGUUUGGACAUGAAGGUAGCGUCGACUUCAAAGGCACGGACUUUGAGUUCGUACCGUUCGGGGCAGGGCGGCGGAUGUGCCCGGGGAUGAUGUUUGGGCUAGCCAGCGUGGAAGUCGCGCUGGCUAGCCUCUUGUACCACUUUGACUGGAAGCUGCCACGUGGAAUGGCGCCUGCAGAGGUUGAUAUGAGGGAAGUAAUGGGGGUCACCGCACGACGUCAGUCCGAUCUUUUGCUUGUUCCGGUAGUCCAUGUACCCGCCCCUUAUGAUGACCAGUUAACCAUUGUUGGUUAGCCUUCAACGAGGUUGGCUGUUUGCUAAUAUACUUA